UUUCUCUAUAUUUUCUUCUCUCCCCUAUUUUCUCUCUUUCCCAAACAACGCAAUCUCAACGAACGUGAGAAGAUCGUUCCUUAUCCAAUUUUAGGGUUUCUAUUCUUCGCUAAUCGCUCAGUUCUUUACGCAUCGAAACCCUAAUCUAGGAUCAGGUUUGAGCUAUCUGGUUGGUGGGGCAUUCUAUUUUGGAGAUUAAGUUUCAUGUCUGAAUUAGACGCACAAAUUCCUACUGCCUACGAUCCUUUUGCUGAGGCAAAUGCUGAGGACGCCGGUGCUGGGUCAUCAAAGGAGUACGUCCAUAUUCGUAUACAGCAGCGAAAUGGUAGAAAAAGCUUGACAACUGUCCAGGGAUUGAAGAAAGAAUUCAGUUACAACAAGAUUCUGAAAGACCUUAAGAAGGAGUUUUGUUGUAAUGGUACAGUUGUCCAGGACCCAGAGCAAGGACAGGUUAUUCAACUUCAAGGCGAUCAGAGGAAAAAUGUGUCUACCUUUUUAGUCCAGGCUGGAAUUGUGAAGAAGGAGCAUAUUAAAAUUCAUGGUUUCUGAGCAGCUGGAAACUUACUAGUGUUAAAGUUGUAUCUGGCUCAUUUCGAGCUGGGUAUAUAUAUAUGUGAUUGUGGAAUUUCUUGUGGUCUGGAAGUAUUUUCAACAGUUGUGAUGCAGUAUUAUGGAAUUUAUGACAUGCGGUAUUAUGGAAUUUAUGACAUUAUGUGGUGUUUGCUUCAAUAAUAUGUAUCAAAGGAGUUUUAUAAGACUUCAUUUAACAUUUCAGAUGCUUGGAUGUGUUACUUUAUGUUUACCGUGCUAUGUUUUUAUACCA